AUGCUGGAACUCGAUGUUGUUCUACCACGGUACCAGCCGUUUAAUGGAUAUACAUCACCCUUCGACUUUAUUUUACCACCGUACAAACAGUUUCAUGGAUCAUCAAAUUAUGUUGGAGUUUGUAAACGUCCUCCUCCCCAAGAGCUGAUUCCCAUUAAGGAGGCCGAGGCAGAGCUCGAAAACUUGCACCUUCCUAGUUCUGAAGAGGAGGAUUUUGAUGCUGUCCUACCACUGGAUUUAAUGAUAUCACCAUCAUUGAAUCCGGACUCUACACCAGAUUAUGACUUCUUCAAUUAUCCUCAGUUCAGUGCUCCUUGUCAAGUAACUUAUACUCCCACUCCUCCCGGCGGUCACUUGGUUUUGUCUUACAACAGCCGUAAUGAUGCUUUUUAUGCGGAGCCUCUGCUCUGCGCCAAAAUUGGACUUCAUUGCUACAAUCUCGAAAAUGGGACUAACUUUGAACGUUUGGGUGUGCCUGAAGCUGUGCCUGAACAUUAA